AUGCUCAGACUAAGCAGAGGUUGUGUAGGAAGCAGCGCAGCGCGUAGGUUGAUGUCGACAGCAGGAGCGCCACAGCAGUUCAGGGUCGAGACGGACGCCUUCGGGGAGAUCCGGGUGCCAGCAGACAAGUACUGGGGCGCGCAGACACAGCGGUCGCUGGAGAACUUCCGGAUCGGCGGAGCGCGCGAGCGCAUGCCGGAGCCGGUGGUGCGCGCGUUCGGCGUGCUCAAGAAGUCUGCGGCGGUGGUCAACGAGCAGCUGGGCACGCUGGAGCCGGGCAUUGCGAAGGCGAUCCAGCAGGCGGCGGACGAGGUGGCCCAGGGCCAGCUGAUGGAGCACUUCCCGCUGGUGGUGUUCCAGACCGGGUCGGGCACGCAGAGCAACAUGAACGCCAACGAGGUGAUCUCGAACCGCGCGAUUGAGCUGCUGGGCGGAGAGCUGGGCAGCAAGCAGGUGCACCCCAACAACCACUGCAACCAGGCGCAGUCGUCGAACGACACGUUCCCGUCGGUGAUGCACAUCGCGGCGGUGACGGAGAUCACGCGCUCGCUGCUGCCGGAGCUGGAGGCGCUGCGCGUGUCGUUCCAGCGCAAGACGGACGAGUUUGCGCACAUCGUCAAGAUCGGGCGCACGCACCUGCAGGACGCGACGCCGCUGACGCUGGGCCAGGAGUUCAGCGGCUACACACAGCAGAUCGCCAACGGCAUCGCGCGCGUCGAGCACGCGCAGGAGAGCCUGCGCUUCCUCGCGCAGGGCGGCACCGCCGUGGGCACGGGCCUCAACACGCGCCGCGGCUUCGCGGAGCAGAUCGCGGCCCAGGUGUCCCGCGAGACCGGCCUCGAGUUCCGCACCGCGCCCAACAAGUUCGAGGCGCUGGCCGCGCACGACGCCGUCGUCGAGGCCUCCGGCGCGCUCAACACGCUUGCCUGCUCGCUGUUCAAGAUCGCCAACGACAUCCGCUACCUCGGCUCCGGCCCCCGCUGCGGCUACGGCGAGCUCUCGCUGCCCGAGAACGAGCCCGGCUCCUCCAUCAUGCCCGGCAAGGUCAACCCGACCCAGAACGAGGCCCUCACGCAGGCCUGCGUCCAGGUCAUGGGCAACAACGCCGCCAUCACCUUCGCGGGCGCGUCCGGCCAGUUCGAGCUCAACGUCUUCAAGCCCGUCAUGAUCGCCAACCUGCUCAGCUCCGUCCGCCUGCUCGCCGACGCCGCGCGCUCCUUCCGCGUCCACUGCGUCGACGGCAUCCAGGCCAACGAGGACCGCAUCGCCAAGCUGCUGCACGAGUCGCUGAUGCUGGUCACAGCUCUGAACCCCAAGAUCGGCUACGACGCCGCCUCCGCGGUCGCCAAGAACGCCCACAAGAAGGGCAUCACCCUCCGCGCGUCCGCGCUCGAGCUUGGCGUCCUGACCGACGCGGAGUUCGACGAGUGGGUCGUCCCCGAGAAGAUGAUUGGUCCCCGCGACUAA